AUGCUUGACUCGGUCAACACUCAUCCAGCGUCAAUAGGAAAGCCCACGUGCAGUCUAUUUCGUGCCACAUUCAAGACCAUUCAGUGGAUCAACGAGGCCAUGAACCUGCGACACGCUGGAAUGCCACUAUCGGCCUAUUCUCUACAUCUCGAAGCGAAUACCAAUACCGCCCAGCGUAUCUGGAACGCUAUCAGGGCGCUUGCGGCCCUCAGUCUCGCCUGGCUACACACCACUUUCGGCAUUGAGUAUUCUUCCCCUAUAUCUAUUGCAACAGUUCCUAAAGACGAACUGGACUUUGACACACGAAUAAACAAUCGUCUAAUUAUUUCCGUACAACUUAUCCUGUCCGGGAGCACCACAGUGCGGCUAUCAUGCCCUACAGGCACUCUGGAAGAGUUCGAAGAGGAGGCUCGCUGUAUUGGGGAUAAGCUGAAGAAUAAACCGAGAGACGCUUGGUUCACCUAUGCCGAGAGCCUAGUUCAAGGCGAUCUUGACCCCUCGGACUAUGAUUUUACGGCUCUGGAUGAGUUGUAUGCGGAUCCUUGGUGGCAAUGA